ACUUUCCUGAUGGAGACAUGCAAACACAGCUACAAGCCUGGAAUGUCCUGUGAGGGUAAGAAUAGCCUCACAGAGAGACGACUCCUGCUCAAGGCCCUGCAGUUGUCAGGAGUGUCUCAUUGGCAAACAGCUUAGAGCCGGAUCAGUGUGGAGACAGGAGACCUGACCUCCCAGGCCUAGGAGCACAUCUUUCUUUCCACAGCGUGGUGCCCACCUUGAAGUCUGAUGUAGAAAAAAAACUAUUGAUUUUUUUUAAUAUCCUUGGAGUACACAGACCUCUCAACCCUCCAGCAGCCCAGGCCCGUGGCUGUCUGCAAGCAUGGAGAACUUGGACUUGGUGGGGUUCCUCAUUAUCACCUUAAACUGCAACAUGACCAUUGUGGGCAUGCUCUGGCUGGUCGUGGCGGUCCUGCUGCGGAUGCUGGUGGUGGUCUUGGCAGGAUCCCCUAUCUACCAGGACGAACAGGAGAGGUUUGUUUGCAAUACCCUGCAGCCAGGAUGUGCCAACGUUUGCUACGACUUCUUCUCCCCAGUGUCGCCACUGCGGUUCUGGCUGGUGCAAAGCCUGGCGCUGCUCUUGCCUUCGGUGGUCUUUGGAGCCUAUGCCCUGCAUCGGGGCGCGAAGCUGGCUGCAGAGGGAGCCUGCAGACCACAGGUGCCUGACCUGUCCUCUGCCUACCUGGUGCACCUGCUGCUGCGCACACUGUUGGAGGCCGGGCUGGCCUCCCUGCACUACUGGCUCUUUGGCUUCUCUGUGCCCAACCGAGUUUCUUGCUCGCGCGUGCCCUGCUCAGGGGCUGUGGACUGCUACGUGUCGCGGCCCACGGAGAAGUCCCUUCUGAUGCUGUUCGUGUGGGCCGUGAGCGCGCUAUCCUUCCUGCUCAGUUUGGCCGACCUAGUUUGCAGCCUGCGGAGGACACGGGGGACCACGCAGCGGGUGAAGGGCGAGGCCAGACAAGUCUGCGAAGUCCCCACACUCCCCCCUGGUCUCUUACAGGGCCCUCAGGGCUGUCAUAGUCAGGGUCAGGUGGACCGUGAAGGCGGGCAGGAGGAGCAGGGUGUGCCUGAGUUGCCCAGCUUGUGGACAGCAGGGCAGGGCAGCAACAGCCAAGCUGGUCAGGCCAGUGUGUUAGGGCGGGCCGAGCAUUCAGACCAAGAUGAUAGCGAGGCUGCUUCCUCAGCUGGCGACAGGUUGGCGGUGGCUCACACAGAGCAUUUCAGAUCCCACAGAGAGACUUCUCCGGAUCUGGGAGUCAAAAGCACCCGGUCAAGUGAGCUCCCCUUGGCCACCCAGAGCCACUUGGCCAGAGCCUGUUCAACAAGCCAGCCUCAUGCUCCUGGUUGGCUAGCUACCUCGGGCAGCGCCCCCCACCUGAGAACCAAAAAGUCCGAAUGGGUGUGAAGACAGUCAUGCAGAGCCCACAAACCCUUUCUCCAACACCUCACUGCCCUCUGCAUUGUGACAGGCAGGACGGUGCAGAGGUCCCUUCAUCUCAUAUUUGAUGAGACUGUUUUAGGUUUAACUAGAGAUUUGAUCUCCUUGGUGUAGAGUCCAUGGAAAAUUACACAACACUAUUCUAGGAACCCGAGGUGAAGAUGCCCCUGCUAACUCGCCUUCUGUUAAUCUGCCUGCUUGUGCAGACCUCCCCCUACACCUACCCACUUAUAGUAGCUUUUAUUAAACUGCCUAGUUAAGCAAAACCUCCCUCUGCAGCUGCACAGCAAAAUACCAAGAUUCCGUUUUUGCCUUUAAAAACUUCUUGCCCUAAAAACUCAGUGCUACACUUGGGUCCCAAAUACCUGCGUAGUCUCAGCCGGCUGUAAUAAAGACUUUA